CACUGCUGGGCACUGACUGGCGGCACUGACUGGCACAACCCCUGGGCACUGACUGGCAGCACUGCUGGGCUGCACUGGUGGGUGGCACUGGUGGGCAGCACUGGUGGGUGGGUGGGCACAGGUGGGUGGCACUGGUGGGCACAGGUGGGUGCACUGCUGGGCACAGGUGGGUGCACUUCUGGGCACAGGUGGGUGAUCUGCUGGGCACGGGUGGGCGGAGCUAGUGGGCGCACUGCUGGGCACAGGUGGGCGGAACUUGCGGCUGGCACUGCUGGGCACCGAUCAUCAGGGCACUGAUCAUCAGUGCCCUGAUGAUCGGUGCCGAUCCCCGCUCUGACAACUGCCGGUUCUCAGCAGUACUUUCCUCACGAUCUGACAGCGUGAGGAAAGUGCAGCCGAGAACCGGCACUUGCAU